AUGGCAAGCAGAGCCUGCAUCGUCGAAUGCCGCCGAUUGUCGCUGCUCCACAUCACCACAGCGUCGCAACAUCCUCCAGGCCCUGGGGCCAUAGCACCUCCCAUGUGGUACCCAAGCUGGGACGAGGCCGGCACCGAUGGCAAGGGAACCACGGGGCUGCUGGAGCUGUGCGAGCCAGUGUUCGGCACCGCCGACCCGUACCAGGUGCUCGGCGUGCGGCGCGAGGCCACCGAGGCCUCCGACGGCCAGGUGCGGCGCGGCUACCACAAGGUGUCCCAGCAGGUGCACCCGGAUCAGGUGGGCGAAGGCGACGGCGACGAGGAGGACGCAGCCCGCAGCUUCCAGAUUCUCGGGAAAGUCUACUCGGCCCUGAGUGACCGGGAGCAGAGGGCUGGGCACGACGAGCAGGGGCUGGUGGACGAGGAGUCCGAUGUGCUCAACCAGGAUCGGGACUGGGAAACCUACUGGAGGUUACUCUUCAAAAAGACAACGCUCCAAGAUAUUCAGGCUGUUGAAAAGACAUAUAAAGGUUCUGAAGAAGAGCUGCCUGACAGUCAACAGGCUUAUCUGGACUUCGAGGGUGAUAUGGAUCAGCGCAUGGAGUCUGUGCUUUGUGUGGAAUACACUGAUGAACCCAGGAUAAGGAGCAUUAUCCAGCAAGCUACUGAUGAUGGCCAAGUUCCGUCCUAUAAAGCCUUUGCCAAAGAAUCAAAGCAAAAGGUAAAUGCAAGGAAAAGAAGGGCCUGUGUCCCUGCCACAGAGGUGCAGAAGGGAACCAGUGACCCCAGAGUGGCCGGCACCAAGUGCUGCCCUGGGCACAGCCUCCACAGCGUGUGCGCCCAGAGAGGACCCCAGGGGACACAGAGCGCUGCGCACCCGGUCCAGGGCCCCGGUCAGCUCAGCCUGCCGGCUGCCGGACAGCAGGACGAGCAGCCAGGGACCAUGGGGUCUGGGGGGCCCGGGGUCUAG